AUGGAGCAGUACGCGAACAACCUCGAGGCCCUCGUGGAGGAACGCACGUCCGACUACUUCGAGGAAAAACGCAAGUGCGAAGAGUCAGUGGCCAACCAGUUGAUCCUGGGCCAGUCAGUGAUCGCCGAGACCUACGACAGCGUAACCAUCUACUUCAGCGACAUUGUUGGAUUCACAUCUCUCUCCGCUUCCAGCACACCGCUGCAGGUUGUGGAUCUUCUGAAUGAUUUAUACACCUGCUUCGAUUCUAUUAUCACGAACUUCGACGUAUACAAGGUUGAGACAAUUGGCGACGCGUACAUGGUGGUGUCGGGCCUGCCCGUGCGCAACGGAGACUUGCACGCCCAGGAGAUCUCUCGCAUGGCCCUCGCCUUGCUGCAGGCGGUGCGGGGCUUCACGAUCCGCCAUCGCCCCAAGGAGCAGCUCAAGCUGCGCAUCGGCAUGCACACUGGACCGUGCGUAGCGGGAGUUGUUGGUCACAAGAUGCCUCGCUAUUGUCUGUUUGGGGACACAGUGAACACAGCCAGCCGAAUGGAAUCAAAUGGAGAACCUCUCAAGAUUCACGUCAGUUCAAGCACAAAGGCCAUUUUGGACAAGUUUCAAUCAUUUAAUUUGGAACUCAGAGGCGAAGUGGAAAUGAAGGGGAAAGGGAAGCUUACAACCUACUGGCUAAUCGGAGAGAAAAAACCACCUGUAAAUCUUACACCAGCAGUGGUGGUUACAACAACUAUUACAGAUAGCUCUGUAACUACAUCACAAUCUAUGCUUCAUCCUCCUUUGAAAUCUACAUCAUCAGUGCCAGCCACUCAGAAUUCAGUUAUAGAAAUGUCUUCAUUAGGUGGUACUAGUAAAAGCAACAAUGGUUUAAACAUUACCAACAGCACCCCAACAGUAAAUAUACAAACUGGAAUCACAAGCAGUUCUAUAGGUUUAGCAAAAUCUGGUACCAGUAAUAAUUUAAACCUGAGCUCUUCCUCAAAGAUAUCUAUCUCUGAGACUAAUCAAAGCUCUCAAGGUAACAAUGUAUCUAGUGUAACAACCCCAUUGCUUUAUCCCACAGCUCAAGAUUCAAAUGUGUGAAUCAAUAUUAAAGAUGCAAGUGAGAUAUUUAUAUGAAUGUUAUGUAUGAUGUGAAUGUAAUUUAAUAUAUGAAUUUACAUUUGAAACGCAUCAAAACAUUAUAAAAUUUGUGUUGUCAAAAAAAUUAUUCAUGUUAUCAAUUCAGAUUAGACAUGGCAUCUAAAAGAUCUGCAAUUAUAAUCCUAUUACUGAUGAAAUUAUAUAUAAACAUCAAAUUGUUUAUCAUCUAGAGAUGUCUCUAUGUUAUAAUGUACUACAAAUACAUAUUUCAGUAAAUAAUCAUGUUUAUGAUAUUUGUAUAUCAAUGUGAGUAUAUUCAUUUUUAAUAGAAGUAGUUACAUAGACUUUCUUUAAUAUAUAUAUUUUCUACCUCAAAGUACAUGAAGUACAUUACUAUCAACUUUCUACAAAACAGUAAAAUGGCUGUGGUCUACCUCUAAGGUGGUAAAAGUAAGAUAGGAGUCUCAGAUACUCCUUGAAGGUCUUGUCUGUUUCAUAUUAAUACCAAUUAUAAAUUUUUCUUAGGCACAAGGAAAAUACAACAAAUUAUCCUUGAAUAGUGUGUUUGUCAGUACUGUAUACUUUCUCUUUUACUGAGCUCAUUAAAGCAAUUAGAAUCAGUUCUCCUCUUAGUUAUUCACAUUAUACCUAAAUAUACUAAUAUGAGAUUCAUAGAAAUGUUUUGUUAACGUCAUUUUAUGCAUUUUAUUUCUUCUUGGGUAACCAAAAUUGAAAUUUCAGAAACAGGCAGACCAGUACAGCGAGGUACUGAUCACACAUUAUUUUCAUUCAAACUGAAAGUCUAACAAACCUCUAAAUUUGAAAAUGCCACAUUGACAAUAGCAUUUUUAUGCAGUUCAUGUUCUUUUCUUAAAAUUAGCUGUGUUAUCUCAAAUAUCUUGUAUUCUUAUUGAAUUUUAACCCAGAACACUUAUAAACAACUGUGAAAAUAGUUUCUUCUUUUACACCCUAGUGAAGAUAUAUUUCAUAGGUAGGCUUACAUGUAUUUUUUUAUUAACUACUUCCUUCAAAGAUUUACUGUAUUCUUGUGUACUUAAAAUAACAGUUUGCAAGAGCACAUUAUAUUUGAGGAAUGCAGCUACUCUACUUUCAUAAAACCCAUAAAACUUUGUGUCAGAACACCUGACUAUGAAUUACUUAAGCAAAUAAUUAAAAUCCUGUUUUAAAUCAUAUGCUACAUGGUAUUUAAAAUGUCAAGUAGGCUACAACUUGACUCACAAAUAUUCCUUUUAUCUUUUAUAGUAUUUACAAAAGCAUAAAAAAUGUGUUUACAUGGCCUAAAUCUUCUCUUUUAUACUUGUUGCACAUUCACGUGUGUUCAUGUAUGUACACAUGUAAUAUUCAUGCAUUUGUAUAUAUACAUAUAGAUACUACUAAACAUAUGGUAUAUACCAGGGCUGCUCAAAUGCAAGAAUUAGGGAUAGAGUGCCUGCAGUUGCUGCUGCAGUGGCCCGCAUAUCACUCACUUUUCACUAGACUGAGCCAAUCACACCCAAGCAUCUUCCUCCCUGUUGGUCGGACUCAACAAGCCGUAGACCCCAUUACUGGCUCACAGAUAAGCGCAGGGCCAGGGCGUGCCAAGUGAGCCGCCCACUUAAGCAGUGCUGUUAUAUACCUUUCUUUAGUAUUUGCAUAUUGUACACAAAUCUGCUGUUCGCAAGAAAGCAAAAUGAAUAGCCACUAUAACCAUACACCACAAUCUCAAAAUGACUGGAGGUGAGUUAAUUUUCUUAUUGUUUAUCAAAUGAUUAAUAUUGAAUAGAUGUAAAAUUUGAAUUGCAUUGUGUGUAUGCUCAUGUUCAUGUGUGUGUGCACAUGUGCAUGUAUGCAUUUGUGUGGGUGCAUGCAUCUGUGUACAUGAGGGCAUAAUGUGUUACGGCGAGAGGGUGCAAUGAAAGAAAUGUAAAAUACCACUAUAACUCAAAAUUUACAUUUCCUUCAUUCUGUCAACUUCUCAUAUCUUGAACAUUCAGCUGAACUGGAAAAAUACCAAAUUUUGAUCAUCUCAGUUUUACUAUUUACUAUUUUCAAUAUUUACUUUAUUUUUAUUUAAUUGUACUUAAAUUUGUAACUUACUUUAUUUUUUACUCUCAGCCUUAAAUUGCUGCCAAAAAUAUUGGUUUGUUUAUUAUUGUGUUGUCAUUUUAGUGUUCCUCAUGUUGAACAGUUCCAUUAACAUUUAAAAAAGUAUACUACAAGAGUCAUGGGCAAGAAUUCUUAAACAUGGUAAAACCAUUGUGUCUUUAUCUUAUAAGAAAAAAAGAGGAACAAGAAGAAUAAUGUACAAAUUUUAGAAAUUCUAUUGAAGCACCCAAUUUUACAGGUCAAGUUAAAUAAUUUUCUGUAUUAUAUUAAAUAUUGAUAUUUUUUUUUCUAGUUUAAUUACUUUCAUUUGCUGAGGAAAAAGUAAAGUAUCAAAACAAAUUAACAUAAGGUCUGGUAAAUAAGAAGUUUGGUAGCCAAUAGACAGCAGACAGAUAUAUUUUACAUAAUUCUAACAUCUCAUAAUUUAUUUUCUGAACAAUCACUAAGAAGCAUCAAAAAAAUGUGCUCACAAUAAUAUUUAAACCAGUAUUCUCCUUUUCAAUUUCUCUCCUCUCAUUAUUACAUAAUAUUCAUCAUUCUGUGUCUAAAAGUUUUAAUGAACACUUUUUCUUUCACACCAUCUCACUAUUCAAAUGUCUUGCAUUAAAAACACAUUAAAAUAGCAAGCUUUUUGUUUUUGAUAAGAUACAUUUUCUAAGUAAUCAUGUAUUUUACUAGUUUUACAUGACCUAGGCAGUUUUCAUGUUUCUACAUCUUAUGAAGAACAACAGAAGAUAUAUGUAUUGGUUACUUAUUUUUUGUUACUCUUUCCACAUAAUGUUCUUGUAAGUCUGAUGAAUGAUUCAAAUUUUAAAGAAUGUUUUCUCUGAGGACAUAACUAAUCCUUGAAACACUAAAAACCAUAUUUAUUAUUGUGUGACCUGAAUUCAUAAUUUGACUUUCAGAUGCCCUCAUAUAUGCAUGAACUGUCUCUCACAUAAAUAAUGUAAAUUAAACUUCAACUAGUUGAAAGAUCAUAUUUUAUUAAAACUUCAUUAUGUGAUCAUGAUACAAGUUAUGCAUAUUUCAAAUUCAUUUAUUCUGCAUGACUCAGGAAAGAGGUUUACCUUUAUUGCUUGAUUUUACUUCCACCUUUCCAUAUUUUAUUAAUUCAUUUAUCACAAAGACAUUUUAUACCUGAGAAUUUUCUUCAUUAUGUACAUCAAUUGCAAUUACUCCUCCCAUUUUCAGUUUUUGUGGUGUUAGAGAUUAAAUGAUUUUUCUUACAGUACUGAGAUCCAAGCCCAUAUUUCAAAGUUUAUCUAAUAAUAAUUUAUCUGUCUAAAGUUGUUUCAUUAAUUGUUUAUACUCAAUCUUACAAUAUCAUGUCAUUGAAAUAAUUUUAUUUGUUUUUUCAAUAAUGAUCAUAAAUUUUAAAUUCUAUGUAUAAGUGAAAACAAAACUAUUUUUUUUUAAAUUCAAUGAUGCUUAUAUCAUAUUAAAAUAUGAUCUCUUUAAUGUUGUGGAUAUUUUUAUUUACUGGUAUUAAGUGGUACACUAUUAAGUGGUUCAUUCACAUGCACUUAUUUUGUAAUUAUAUUAGUUAUGAAAACCUUCACAUUCAAAUAUGAAUUAUUCAUGUGCUUUUAUUACACUGGUAACAGUGCUUAUGUUUGUAAUAUGAAUAUAUACAUGUGUACAUACAAAUAGAUAUAGAUUUGACAUUUUUGUACAUCUUUUGUGACCUUCAUGCUUGUUAGUACUGUAGUGUUGUACUGUAGAAAAUGAAAUGCAUUGCAUUCCAAAAGAUACAAGCCCUCACUGAAGAUGACUUGUGAAAUUUUGCCUGAGAAUAGGAUGUCUCAAUUUACUAAUUGAGAAUUUCAUAAUCUAACAGCUGCCAGUCUGCUGUUCUUAUUCAGUAUUAAAAUGAAAAUUAUGAUAUAGGAAAGUAUAUUCAUAAGAAUAUUACAAUUUCUCACAUUCACUUACUGGCAGAUACCUAAAGAUGGACUUGAUACCUCUUCAACAGUACUAUAAAAUAUCAUUUUCAUGUUUUUCUCAAUUUUGAAUAUUGUUAGUGACAGACCAUUGACAAUAUUUUAUGAUACAAUCAAGAACAAAACAGUGAUAUUUUGAAUAGAUAACUUUAUUUUAUUUUUAAACAUUUUUGAUGAAUGACUUUGUAAAAUAGAUUCAUCCUUCUUGUGGUUGAACUACAAAUAAUACCAAUCUGCAGUAAAGCAGAUUGAGGAUAAUAUUGUAAAUCAAAGACCAUCUAUCAAUCAUUUUUCACAAGGCACAAAAUGUACAGGGCAAUACAAACAUUUAUUUGAAUGAAUAACUGAAGUAAACAGCUUUAACAUUAAAAUAAUGAGCAUUCUCAAAAUGCUCUUGCUUAUUGCAGUAUGUACUUAAAUAAGCACACAAGUAACACUCUCCUGUAAGUUGAAAACAAAAUGGUAAUGAAGAAAAUGUAACAAAGUACAUAUAUUCUCAAGAAAAUGAAGACAUAUUGCCUUCAACUAAUGAGUCUAAUGGCUAGAAAAUUAAUAAAUAUGAUUAUGAAAAGAAAGAAAUAAUUGAAAAGUCAUGAUACAGUAAGCACACAGUAUCCUGAGUAUAUAAAUACUCAGUGCUUCAAAUACUGAUCCCUAGUCUUUUUUGGGUGUUUCUUACAGUGAAACUGAACUGAAAUUAUAAAAAUAUUGCUUUCAUCUGUAAUCUAGCAUGAAUGGCAGAUAGUAUAAUAUAGCAGGAUGUAAUACCUAUAAGACACAAUGUACAUAUACAUCAAAAAUGUACAUUUAAUGGGUGAGUCAUGUUAUGUAUUAAACUUGUUGAAUAUGUGCACAGUAAGCAUGGAGGAACUAGGCAUGUAUAAUUUUAUGAAAUGCAUGCAUCAGAAGAAGAGAGGUAAUGAUCAAUAAUUGUGUUGUGAGAAAAAAAGACUAUCUUUUUAAGACAUUACUUAGAAAAAUGACUGGAUAAGUGGAGAUAUUUCUAGAAGCCAGACUGUAAAUAUAUCCUGUGUAGAAUAGGAGGACAGUAUUUUCAAAAAGUGGUAGAUUAAUUGACAUUAAAACUUCUUUUAAAUUGAUAGUCCAGUUCCUAAAUUUAUCAUGCAACUUUAUACAAACAUAGACUUUCAUAACACAAGACAAAUAUAUCCUCAUAAAUUAUUUCACAAGUUUUGGGGAGGAUAUUAAGUCUUGUAUGCAACAUCUAUAAUCCCAUGAAUGUCCAAACAUAAGUUCAACAGUUCCAGUUUCCUUCAACAUGUUAAUGUAACACAUUACACAACAUGUAUGAAAUAAACAAAUUUUGAGCAUAUUAUCUUCAACAAAAUGAAAAUAAUGAUUAACUAUGGUGUUCCAUCAGUUGGACUAAAGUAUGAAAGAAAAUACGUAUUCUAGAUUUCUAGAAUGUAAUUUUGCAAUUAUCGAUACAAACAAAUAAAUAACAAGAUUCCAUGUUUGGUCCUUCCAAACCCAUUUCACUGCAGUACCAAUGAUCACUAUUAUAACGUGAUAAAUUCCAUUGGUUGCAGAGAAUUUAACUAUGUAUUUCUUGAAAAUAUAUAGAUUAAUCAGAAUGAAAAAAAAAUUCAAUUAUUUGUAUAUGUGUUUUAAAACCAACAAGACGUAACUGUGUUUUAAAAAUUUCCUGAUGUUGUGUAAACAUAUUUAUGCAUACUUUCAUGUUCCACUUGUAUUUUAGAAGAUCAAUAAAUUAUUUGUUGUGGUUCAUGUACAUGCAUGUGCAUAUAUUUAUGUGUACAAUAAUGUAUUUAAUUUUAUGUUCACUGGUAUGUGUUAUGUGUAAUAAAAUCAGUAUUUUUAUCUCCAUACAUAUGAGAAAAUCUGUACCUGAUGUUGUGAAUGGAACAUCAUGUUCAGAUGCUUCCAUUCCUUACUAAUUUAUGUACGUACACAGACUCUCAUUGCCACAAAGUUGAACUGAAUCACAGGUGACAACCUUUCCAAUUCCAUGAGGUUAAAAACCUCAUUUGCAGAUGUUACUGAAUGGUACUUUUCUUUCCCUUUCAAUGUAACCCUUUCUUUAUCCAGAAAGAACCAUAAUAUAAAAAUACACAUAUUUUAGAAAAGCAGUUAGAUGUACAAACUAAGUUCAUAAAUCAAGUUAAUCAACAUCUUUGGUUCCUCAUUUAUGAAAUAUUAUGCAAACUACAUUUCCUGUAACUGGACCCAAUACAUGGUUGGUUCAUUUAUUAAUGGCCUGUAAGAAUUGUACCCACUUGAAGAUUAUUGCGGUUCUCAUACAGUAACUGACACUGCAAGUUUACAAAGUACCUGGUCAGAAGGAAUAAGUUAUGUGGUAAUAAAUGUACUUAAAACUUAUUAUCAGAGUAAACAUUUAGAUGAUGUAAGGCUUCUUGCAAUUCCAUCAAAACUUCACUGUAAUAAGAGUCUGCUGUAUUAGUGAAUACAAUUGGAAUUUAUGAUGUUAUUUUAAUUUUAGUAUCUAUACAUGAGAAAGUGAUAAUGAAUGAACAUUGGAACUCAAUAUUAAUUUAUAACUGUUUUUAUAUUUUAAAUGAUUAUAUUUUUUAUUAUCUAAUGAAUGACCAUGAGGAUUCAGUGAACUUUUCAGAUCUUUUUCUGAUAUUUUGUCAUCUACAUGUUUCUCUUGCAGAAAUAUAUUCCUCUCUAAACUGUGCCAAAAUUAUAAAUCAUGUAAAAAGUAAUUACUUAUAAACAAUGCAACAUUGUAAAGACUUUAGCAUAAUAUAAUGCUUUAUUAUAGGUUAAUUCUGUGAUAAUUAUUUAGAUUAGAAUCUUCAUGCAGGAGAUGUGAUAAACUAAGUAGUAAUUAUGAUAUAAUCAAAUACUAUAAAAAUUGAAAAAAUAUAUAUUUUUUUUAAUGACAGAUUUUUCUUUCAAAUACAUAACACAAGAACUAUCAAUAUUCAGUUCCUGUAACUGGAUGUUAAAGACAGUGCAGUUACAGACAAGUGAGAGAGAAGAUAAGAAGAACAAAUUUUCAAUUUGAUACUCAACAUAAAUCUAAUAAUUAUAGAAAAAUGUGCUUAAAAAGUUUCUCUUUCUUUUAACUUAUUCAAAUUUUAUUGAAUUGAAACCAUCACAAAUUUGGAGGUAAAUAUGCAUAAAUUGAUUGCGUCAAAAUCAAUAUAAUUAUGAAAAUGCUUUAAAUGAAAAAUACAUAUGAUGUCCUACGUUCAAAAAGAAACAUGCUUAGCAGAAAAAGUGUACUGAAAAUAUACAUGCAUCUUAUUUGUAAUGAUUUACAUUAUUACAUUAUUGCAUUUAAAUUUUAUUUUUGGUUAAAUUUCAUUUAAUAAGUAUGGAUUAUAGUAUUCUUUCUCUUGUGAAAAUAUUAAUCUUUGAAAGAAAACAUGGCAUUUAGCAUAGUCACUGUCAGCAAAUGAAAAUCACAUUUCUUUUUUCAAGAAAAAUUAAUAUUUGUAUAAAAUACAUUUAGAAACAAAAUUGCAGUAUAAUUUUUAUUUUGUACCAUUCUUGCUUACUUCUUUGUACUUUGUACUGUUCAUUACAGAACUUAAAUUACAAAUUCAUUAGUUGAAAAUUAUGAAACAGUGGCAUUUGUGGUGAAUCUCAUUUUAUAUUGCAUUAUAAAAAAUAUUUUAAAAGAUCAAAUUUAUUUUUGAAAUGCUUAAUGAACACGUUUAAGAGAAGUUUUAUAAAACUUUUUUCGGAGAUUGUUUUUUCUAAAUAAGUAAUGACAAGUUGAGGAAGAAGAUAUUAAAGUUUUGGAAAUUUUUUUAAAUUUUAGAAAAGUAUCUAUUUGAAUUUCUUUUACAAUUUGCAUUUGAGUUUUAUUUCUGGUAAAUUUUUAUUUAAUAAGUAGGCCAUUAGAGUACUCCAGUGACAUUUUCUUGUGAAAGUAUUGUUCUUCUUAUUGUGCUCUCACUGUGUAAUAAAAUUCAUGCAGUAAAUAAUGGGAGACCGUUCAAAAAUAUAAACAAUCUUUGUUAUUUCAUGAGAAAUAUUAUAACAGAAGGAAAACGUUAUGUGGUAAAUAAAAUUUAGAACUUAAAAUGGAUUUUCUUUUGCCAACAACAUGAUCUAGUUUUUAUAGUUCACUUUUAUGUAUGAGGCUGGGACCAUCACAAUUGGUUCAUCAUGUAAAAUGAUACAUAAGAAAAUACAUGACAUUACUAUUAGUGAAAAGAUAAAUUGUUGCUCCUGCACUAUAACAAGUUAAUAUAUGAAGGUAUUUAAUGUUGAAAUUACUGCAUUACAUAGAUAAAUAUUUUGCAAUGUUGUAUUCUUGACCAAAAAUUCUAAUUGAAAAUAUGUUAUAAGGAGAGUAUCUAGUGAUACAUCAAUUUUACUAUACUCAUAUGUUAUACAGUGAGCUAUAUUGUCAAAUCACUUUCCCAAAUGUGUCUUUUUUUCAUUUAUGCUUUCCUUUUGUAAUCAUUCAUAAUAUGUUAUGGAUUUUUUGAAAGUUUCACUUACUUUUCUUUCAAUAAUUUCUGUUCAUUAUUUAUAGAGCUAAUUGAUGGUGGUUGAUUUACUCUUAAACAAAGAUGCUUUUGCAAUCAAUGGAGAACUAAAUACAUCCAUUUUCAUAUGUUUAAAAUCAAAAAGUCAAGGAAUAUUGUUGAGGACAUUUUAGGAAAAGAAGUUUUUAAAAAAUUCAACAAUUUCAAAUAAUUAUGUUAAAACCAUGGAUGUUAUGCACAAUCUUUGUCUAUAUGUAUUUGUGGCAUAUAUGUAUGAAUAUAUAAGCUUAUGUACUCUCUGUUAAUGUAUAUGAAGUAUUAGUCCAAGUGACUCUUUUAUAUGUAACAUGUUUGACCCUCAGGCUUCUGAACUGAAGAUCAUUGAUACAUGAUCAGGAGAGAAAUAGGUUACUGAUAAUGUAAUACAGUUAAUUUAAUUGUUAAUGUAAUUGCUCACAAAGGACGUCUUGAAUUUUUUCUUUUUUGUUUUUAUAGUAACAUAUAUUCUACCUCAUAGAGCAGUAUAAGUUUAUUUAUCUGUUUAGAUAAGUAGUUAAAAGUCAAUAUUUUCUUAUUUUUAAAUGAUGCAUUCAUGGUUCAUAUUUUGUAACUGUUUUAAUCCAUUUAUGCCUGCAAUUUUGAAUUGAUUUUUGUAUUGCAUCUGUACAUAUUCUAUUGUUAUCCUUAAAUUUAGCUUUCAGAGCAAAUCAUUAAUUUCUAUGUUCUUGUUAGUGACUGUUGCUAAACAUGACAAGCUACUUAACAUAUCGCAACAUUUUAUUGUUCAAUGUAUUAGAUGACAAUUAUAGUAGCCAUCAUGUCACUCAUCUUUCAUAGGUAGAAUGUAAAAUUUAUUUCAAGAGUCAUAAAAACAUAUAUAGCACAAGAACAGUUUCCACUCACUCAUUCUGUUAUUUGUUGUCUUCUGGACCCUUAAUCUCAAUCAAAUGUUUUUUAUGAGUUUCUCACAAAAUAGCUGAAUCUAGUACUGUUUAUCAUGUUCUAAAUGUCAUGUCAAAGAACUAGAAGCACUGACUGAAUUAAAAGCAUGGAACCUAUCAUUCAAUUGAUACUACUGGAAAAUAAAUUGCUUAUGCAUCAGUGCACCUACAGCGAUGUAUCCUCAUAUAGAUGCCUUAGAAAACAAACAGUACUUGUUAUCCCCUUGACUCUUUGAAUUUGAUUAGGUAAUUGUUUCUUUGGUGCGCCAAGAGCGAUUUAAAAAGUGUAUAACUAAAGAAUAGAUUUAUCUGAAAUUUAAUGCUGUGUUAACUUAUAAUAUUAUUCUUAUUAAAUAGGUGAAUAUGAAUUGUAGAAUACUGUCAGUAAACCUCUCCUUAAAUAAGAGCAUUCAAAUAUGACCUAGCAGAGUUCAAAGCUCUUUAUUCCAACAUUCAUGCACAUAAUUACAGGAAGUGCAAUUAUUAUUUCAAAGUUUAAAAGAACAAAUUAAUCAGACUUGUUUACAAUAACAAAUAGACUUCUGAAAUGUCAGUGAAAUGAAACAUCAGGCAUAAAUGGGUUAGUUAAUAUUCUCAUGUAUUCAUAUUUUCAUUAAUUUAUGCCGUUGCACUAAUUUGAUUUGUAUAGAAAAAUAAAUUAACAUUAUAGAUGUCAUGACUAUGUAUAUAAAAUGUAUAUGUGAAUAUAUGUAUGUUUAUGUACCAACAUGUAUCUUCAUGGUUUGUAAAAACAGCUACAGAAUUUAUAUAUAGAAUUUGAAUACUUGUGGAUGUACAUAAUCUACCAAAAUGUGCAUUUGUCUUACUCUCUUGCCAAUGUAUUUUUGUGAGUUUAAUACUUUUCAAAUAUACUACUAAUAUUUUACAGCUGAAGUACAGUAAAACAUACUCAAAUACUGACAGCAGUGCUGUUAUUGCUCAUAGGUACAUAGCAGUAUACAUAUUUGCAGUAUAUUGCAAUACAUAAUGUUUUCGAGAUUGUGUUGUAAUUUGUCUCUAAGGAAUUCAGAUUAUUCACUAUGCAAUAUGUAUUCGAGUCUAUAUAAUGACAUGUAAUCAAAUGGUGAUGCUCUAUUGCAUUGUUUCUAUAUCUCACUAUCUUCUAAUUCAGAAGAAAUAGUCAAAUGUACAUUUGUGCUUAUCUUGAAUGAUUUGACAACUGAAUCAUUUCUAAAGAAAAUGUGUGCUUUCAGUUCAAAGUUUCUUCAACAUUUUAUUUAUGCCUGUCAUGAAUAGCAAAACAGACUGUAAUUUGUUUAGAAAAACUAAAAUAUUUUUAAAAUGUUAUUUUAUAAUUAUAGAUUGUGAUAAUUAUAAAUAAUAUCUUCUUUGUGAUAUCUCUGUAGCAUUUCAUUUUGGUAAUACAAUGAGCCAUAACUGAAAUGUGAGAAUGAUUUAAAACAUCCUUUUGCUUAUCACAAUAUAAAUUUGGAUGAGGGUCAGUGCCAUACUCAGAUGGAAAAAUUGGAGCCUGAUUACAUUGCCCAUCCUAAAAUGGGAACCAUAAUAUGAGUAAAAAUAAUUGCAUUUCUUAUACUGAAUAGAUGAACCGUUAAAUUUUUGGUACAGCUUGGAGUUGUUGAAGAGCUGAAUAUGGCACUGGUUGGCCAAAAAUUUAUUAGUUGAAAUCAGCUAAAGCUUCAACAAUAACAUUUUAGCAGAAAGUAAUAUUUUUAAAACUUUGUACAAAUAGUAGUGAAAAUGUAUUUCAGAAAUGUAACAAAAAUAAUUGUAUACAUAUAAAUAAUACAUUUUACAUCUCUAUUCAUUCCAUUUUCCUGUUAAUAUCAAAAACUGUGCAUGAUUUGCAUUUAUUUGCAAUGUUAUGUGUACAGUUUUGUGAAUUUUAUCAUUGGGUAUAUAAAUGGAACAUGCAGUCUUUAUUUCAUUAUAUAGUUGAUUUGAAUGUUAUUUUCUUUGAUACAAUCAUAUUUAUUGAAUUGUGUUUAACUCUUUUUCAAAGUUCAUAACACAUUUUUUUAAAAAGAGAUAAAUUAAGCAUAACUAUAAAUGUUCAAAAUUAUUCAUUGUAUGGUAAAAGUAGUGUAUGUUUAUAUUAUAAACAGGGAAGGCAAUGACCAAUAUUUGUCAUCUACAACCUGCCCUGAAACGUUGUAACAUGAGAUCAUAAUUUUGUACUUAAUAGAAAAAAGUCAUAAAUAGAGUAUAUACUACAUAUAUACUUAUGAAUUCAUGUAUGUACAAAUGCUAAGGCACUAGCUUGUGCAUACUUGUGCAUGUGUAUACAUACUCAUCUGUACAGUGUAUUGGCAUUGACAAGUUACUACUUAAGAAAUAUCAGAGAAUAUAAAACAAAAAAUUUAAAAAAAUAUUUAUACAUAUUAUUUUUUAAGAGUAUUUCUGAGCAUAUUAUUUUUAAAAAUGAAAUGACAAUUUUCCAUACCUUAAGUAUGGAAUAAAUCAUAUUACAUAAAUGUCAUUUAAGAAUGUGCUUUCACUAUAUUUUUGAAAGAUGUGUACUUAACAUUUGCCCAAAAUGCUAUUAUGUUGCCCAAUCACAGUAGAUAAAUUUGUGUACCAAUGCACUGUUACUGUGAUGAUACAUAUUCUGUAACCUGUGAUUAAUAAUCAUUAAAAUAAAAUGAAUGGGUAAUUCUUAUAUGUUGUUUUUUGAAACAUUAAUUUAAAAUUUUUGGUUAACUUUUGUACUCCUG